AUGAGUCCCAGGGUGGCUAUACUGAUUAAUUUACUACUGGUUGUUGACAAGGCUGAUUCUAGAAAAGGUGUCAAAUGUGGAGGAAUCCUCUCUGCUCCAUCUGGCAAUAUCUCAAGUCCAAACUUCCCAGGCCUGUAUCCAUACAACACUGAUUGUUCCUGGUUAAUUGUGGUGGCAGAGGGGUCCUCCGUCCUCCUCACCUUUCACUACUUUGAGCUGGAGUACCAUGCCAGCUGUGCUUACGACUACAUCAAGAUCUACAACGGCAUAUCUGAGGAUGAAGGCAACCUCCUUGGGACAUUUUGUGGCGACAUCUCUCCACCUCAGUUCACCUCUUCUUGGAAUAUAAUGUCCAUCAUCUUCCAUUCAGACCGUCAUGUGGCCUACAGGGGCUUCAGCGUCGGCUACAGAAAAGAUAUGUGUGGUGGAGUCCUCACCGGCCUAUCAGGUGUAAUCUCCAGUCCAGGCUACCCUCAGGGGUACAGCAACAAUGCUGACUGCUCUUGGGCCAUCCAUGUGUCCAACACCAGUGUGGUCACCUUGGUCUUCCUGGACUUCCAGCUGGAAAACAAUGAGGGGUGUAAUUUUGACUUUGUCGCCCUGUUUGAUGGCCCGACAGUGACCCACCGCCACCUGGGCAAAUACUGUGGGGCAGACAAACCUCCCCACAUAGUCACCACGUCCAACCAGCUUUUGGUAGUCUUCAAGUCUGACUUCAACAUUGGAGGACGGGGGUUCAGGGCAUACUAUUACUCAGGGGAAUGCCAGCGAGUCCUGUCAGCUGUAAGUGGCAACUUUAGCAGCCCACAUUUCCCCAGCAUCUACCCAAACAACAUCAACUGCCACUGGAGCAUCACUCUUGCAGCUGGAUACCGCAUCAAACUCGUCUUCCCUGUGAUGGACUUGGAGGACCGCAACAGUAUGUCAGACGAGUGUGACUAUGACUCAGUUGCAGUUUAUGACGGGGGCCGUCAGACAGACACCCUGCUGGGACGCUGGUGUGGCAGAGAGCAACCUCCCUCUCUCAUCUCAAAGGGUAACAUGUUGCUGGUGGUACUUAGCACAGACAGAAAUGAGGCUCAUAGAGGGUUCACUGCAUCUUAUCUUGGAGUUGUACCUGUAAACGUUAGCUGCACAAGAUCAGAAUUCACCAUUCUGAUACCCCAGCAGUCCUUACCUCAGCUGGACCGUGAGAGCAUCUACCUGGGAAACCCAACCUGUGCUGCCCAGUUAACGGCCACCUCGUAUAAGAUCCUUGCUCAGUUUGUCAACUGUGGUACUGCUAGCCAGAAACAUCGGAACAUCACCAUGCUGGUAAACAAACUCUACAUUGAUUUCUCUGAUGGGAAGCAGCAGAAUGUGCAAGAAUAUAAGGUGCAGUGCGAUGCCCUGCGGAAGAUAGCAUCAGUGUCCAUCAUUUCAGCAGAGGAGCGUCGUCUCGAGGAACAGGCACAGCAAGAUGACAAUGACAGUGGCGGCAAUGCAGGGAAGCAGGAAGCUGAGCCACAUGAUUUGAGCGAUAUUGUCUUCAUUAGCAUCUGUGUUCUGGCUGUUAUCCUCAUGGUGAUAGCUAUUAUUUGGCUGGUGUUGCUAUAG